UUAUCAGAACUUAAAGUAACUUCAAGCUGUUUACAUCAAUACAAAAUCUUAUAAAACUCAUCAUGAAAUUCUUCAUCUUACUUGCAAUUGUUGCUGUUGCUGCUGCUGCACCAUUUACCGAAGAACAACUCAAAAAAGGUCAACAGCACGUGAAGAAAUGUAUUGGAGAAACAGGAGUUUCACCAGAAACUGUAGCCAAACUCAAGGGUGGUGACUUCAGCGAUGACGAUGAAGCUGUUCAGUGCUUUGCUCUCUGCUUCUUCCGUGAAGCUCAAUUCACCGAUGCUUCUGGAAAUCAGAACAAGAACGCCAUCAUUGGAAAGUUAUCUGUUGAUAAGGAUCCAAAGGCUGUUGAAGCUGCUUAUGAGAAGUGCAAGGGAGUCACUGGAACAUCACCAUGCAACAAAGCAUUCAAUGCUUACAAGUGCUACCGAUCUGCUGGUUUGUUCUGAGACUAUGACUGAACUUUUUGGCAUUUAUUGUAAUUUUUUGUUAU